AUGUCUGAAGAUGGAAGUUCAUCCCAUAGAACAGGCAUCACUAGUGAUGACCUGACCCAAAUACUCACAAAUCUCUUAAAAUCCCAAACACCAAACCCAUCCAAACAGAGCCUAUCCGAUAACCUCAAAAUUAGCAUCACCCUUAAUAGCCAAAAUUAUGCAUUAUGGGCUCGCAUGAUUCGAGUGGCAAUUGGAGGGAAGUCAAAAUCAUUACUGAAUCAUUUAUCCAGUAAUCCUCCAGAUGCAACACAUGAAAGUUAUGAGCAAUGGGAACAAAACGACUUAGUUGUGUUUUCAUGGCUCAUACAAAACAUAGAACCAAGCCUUGCCAGCAACCUUACCGAAUUUCCCACAGCAAAAUCAUUGUGGGAUGCUCUUGUGGUUACAUACAGCAGUGGAAAAGAUAAACUGCAACUGUUUGAUCUUCAUGUCAAAGGCAAUGAAAUCAAACAGAAAGGCAUACCUCUUGAAGAUCUCUGGAUCGUUUUACAAGGGAUCUGGGGAGAAAUUGAAAGAAGGGAUCCAAAUCCUAUGAAGUGUUCUGUUGACAUCACAACAUACAACAGAAUAAGGGGGGAGCAAAAACUGUUCCAGUUUCUAAAUGCCUUGGAUCACAGGUACGACCCAAUAAAACGGGAAAUACUUAGAUGUGAUCCACUUCCCUCAUCAGAAGGAGCCUAUGCAACAGUUAGAAAAGAAACAGCUCACCAGAAAAUCAUAGGAGCAGCCUCUGAAACAACCAUAGAACAAGGUGUGGCAGCAGGACUAGCUGUCACAGGAGAAGGAGAAUCUGAAGGUGCAGGAUUCAUAUCCAAGGGGCAGAGACGACCAUUCACACAAUCUGCAUCACAGAAACAAGAUAAAUCACACCUAAAGUGUGAACACUGUAAGAAGACAAGACACACCAAAGAGCAGUGCUUUAAACUUGUAGGCUAUCCUGAAUGGUGGAAUGAAGGGAGCAAACGAGGAGAUGUAACUGCCACCAAUAACAGAGGUGGAAGCAGCAGCAACAGUGCAACUGUCACCAAAAGCAGUGGCGAAAAUACAGGUUUUGGAGGGCUCAUGGCUGAAACAAAAGAGUUUUUCUACAAAUCCCAACUCAGCAGUCAGGGGGAAAUGGAAACUGAAGACUCACUGAGUUGGCUAAAGCAGGUACCGUCAUCAGAAGAAGUCAAUCACAGUACCAAUGAUGAAUCACUUCCAAAUAUAGUACCAUCCAUCGACAUCAGUGUCAACAACCAACAUCCUCCCAAUCUAAUGUUCGAGGUAAGUAACUCUGACACUGAAUCUUCCAGUCAUGAUGAAACUCCUAAUCCUUUACCUGCCCCCAAUCAUGAUGAGACAGCAACAGGCUCAACUGAUGCCAAGUCAACAACAGGUUAUUAUACUAAAGUAUGGGGAAACAUAGUUACCUGGAGAAGUAAGAAACAGACUGUGGUAGCUAGAAGCAGUGCUGAAGCAGAGUAUAGGGCAAUAUCUCAAGGGAUUUGUGAGCUAAUCUGGAUUAAAAAGGCUACUGGAAGAUCUUAA